ACAACAAUGGCGACCUUUGUGGUCACUAUCCACUAAAACUGGUUAUUUUGGAGGCAAAACUCAACGCUAGUGAAUCGGAAAAGACCGACAGUCAAAAAGUGAAUGAUGCAAGGAAACUUCGUGAUCUAUUUGUGAAGGCCAGAUUUGCGCGAUGCAGAUCAAGAUUUGUAGUACCAGUUAUUCUCUUUGAGGGAAAGAAUAUCUGCAGAUCAGCUACACUGUCAGGAGGAGCGGAAAUUUAUGGUCGAUCUGGAUAUGACUUCCUUUUUGCUGGUGGAGAGAGUAUCCCUGAUAACCCACUUGACGAUCUUAAUGGAGUGAAUAGUACAGGUCCUUUGUACUCAAGUGGAGAUUAUGACUUAUUUGACCGCAUCAGAGGGCAGGACAUCCGCUUGCUUAAGACACUCAGAGUCAAGUAUAUUUGUGACUUAAUGGUUGAGAAAAAGAAAGUGAAGUUUGGCAUGAGAGUGACAUCAUCAGAGAAGGUGGACAAGAUUCAGCGCUACUCAGACUUUUGUUUAUGCUCUGUUCCCUAUCCAGGUUGUGAAUUUUUUAGAGAUUUUAAGGACAAUGAAUACAAUGCACAUGGCUUACACUUUAAUUGGCAGCAGGACUACGUUGACACAAAAUUCAGUGUCCCUGAUUUAUUAUUGAAUCACAAGGGUAUAGAAUGGAACAACUAUCAGUCAUGGGACCUUGUGACAUUAACUCAAAACUACCUGCAUCUUCUGAUUAGCUGUGUUAAAGAUGGUGAAGGUGGAUUGUUGAUUCACUGCAUAUCUGGAUGGGACAGAACUCCUUUAUUUAUUUCACUCCUCAGAAUGUCUCUAUGGGCGGAUGGCCGUAUUCACCAGUCACUGAGUCCUGCAGAGCUACUUUUUCUUACCAUUGCUUAUGAUUGGUUUCUAUUUGGGCAUGGUCUUCCAGAAAGACUCCAGCGUGGCGAGGAGGUUUUCUUCUUCUGUUUCAAUUUCUUGAAAAAUAUAGCAUCAGAUGACUUUUCUGUGAAUUCAGCACCUAGGAGAACCAGUGACAAGCGUAGUGAUUCUAUUGGCCAGUUUGAUCCUGGUACAGUUCUGUUAGAGGACCGUUUGUUGCGGGGCAGUAACUCGAGCCUGAGCAGCUGCAGUAGCGUAACAUCUGAACAGCGAACAAGUUUUUUCAUUGGUCAGGAGAUUGCAGAAGAUUCUGAGAUGGCUCCAUCAUCAUCAUUUACCAGUUUCCCUAGUUUUAAUGGUGCACACGCGGCCUAUCAUUCUCCACCCCGUUCUCAUGUUGAUCAUGAAGGUCGUCACCAGUCCACCAGUCCGCUUCCAGUUCCUCGUCGGUCAAGAAAGAAUUCCAAUCCGUGUGAUCAAAAAUCAUCUUCUUCAUCCGUAUGUGGAAGUUGGCAGCUGAUAUCUGGUACAGGAAGUCCAAAUGGAACUACCUCUGUGCGGGAUUCGCCGAUAUCCGCGCUAGGUCAUGGUAGCAGUACAACAAGCUUGGCCGAAAGUGUAGACGAAUCCUCCGAUCGACAGCUGCGUUUAGGAGCUGUCCGUAGCUUGUUUCUUCAACUAUAUUUCAAAGCUGUCGGCUGCACGAACAAGUUCGAAACUGGUAGUUCUUUCUCUAGCAUUUUUGAUCAAGUCACGGAGAAAAUACGUGAAGGGUGGGGCACGGUGGUUUAGACCAAUGUCCCCUUAACUGUUUCAAUAAGCCAUAUCCUAGAUACUUUUUACCUGUGUUUCAAACGAGUCCUGGUGCCCCAACUUUCGUACGGAAAUAAGUUAUGAUUUUGUUCGUAAGACGAGAAAAGUGCAAGAAAAACUCGCUUUAAUAUGUAAGGUUGUGCACCAAGACUCACUUUGAAACAGAGGUAAGCGAAACUCGGAAAUGGCCAAUUCAACAUAUAAUGUCAGUCUUAGUACUUUAAAUGGAAUACCGCAUUGACUCGGUGGAGCCCCCUGUGUUCAAUAAGCACCCCUAUUCGAAUAACGUCUAACAGAACUAGCGCCCUUUUCUCUAAUAUACCGUACAAUUGCCAUAACAGGUUGAAAAAUUACACCCCGAGCUGAAAAGACUUAAUAGAUUAAAAUCUUCCGAUUUAUUUUAGCCCUUAUUGCAGACAUUGUUUCUCAUCCUAUAUUUAGGUAAUCUCAGACAUUUUUGUUGUUCACUUGCAUUGUGUUCAGUUUUGUCAAUUUUGGAAAGCUGUGAAGUACAGAAUGAUGUUUCUUACAUGAUUCUAAAUUGUUUCAGGCACAAAAUGCCUUGGAAAUAUAAGCCAAGCCAUUUUUGAAAGCAAACCUGCUAAAAGUUGACCCAGCAAGAAUCUUUUUUUAAACAAAGUCAGCCCAGGGCUUGUUAUGGGAAUUUUACGCUUAAAAACUCUAGUUCUGUUCCACAGUAUUGAAAAAUUGAAAUUUUUGUUGACUUGAGUUUUCGUUUGGCCCAGGGUCAAAACAUCAAGUGCUUAAGUCCAAAAAACGAGCAUACAAAGUAACCUGCUCACUAAUGGUUUAAAGUAGAAUUAAACUGAGAAAUUAAUUUAUAAUUUUCUGAUGAGCUCUAUAUUUCUUUCGCGCGAUGGUUGACUCGGGCUGCGCCCUUGUCAACAAGAGUGAAUAAUCCAAUUGUUUUAGUCUAAAUCUACUAGUCG